UCGAGCUUUUGUAUCGCUGUCUCCCCCCAUGUCCCCAACCAAACUGAAGGAACGGAGCUCCGGCUCCUCCGCUCCCAGAUCCACCGCCAAGGAGAUGCCAUCGCCACCGCCGCCACUAAUUUACCAUCCUCGACUGGAUCUCAGAGGCAAUCGACGGCAGACCCCUCCGCCAUGGUCAAAACGGAAUCAACGACUGGACUUCACCCCUGGUCUGAACGAGCAAAUCAUGCAAUUGUCGUGGACAUGAGUGUGGAGCAAUCAGAAUUGUGCUAAGGAAGAACAAAUAUAUGAGAGUGCAGAAGGCUGAAAGGUUUACAGAGCAUAUGUUUUGUAGCCAAGCGAUGUUGUUACAAGGUUUUAUGUGAAUACAAGAUGCAUUAUGGUCCUUGGUGGAAGCAUAUUUUAUAUGCAAACAAAGGCUACAGAGUCCCUCAAGAAAGCUCAAAGAUCCUAUAGAAAAACUUCCAAUUAGUUAAUUGUUUCCUUUGAGAUUAUAAAUGUUGGAUGGAUUCAUCUACUUUGUAUGGUUAUAGUCUUGUAGAUGUGUAGAGCUACUCAGUAGUCUAUAAAUGAAAAGUUUGUUAUGAGAAGC